CCCCCUUUGCUGGGUGUCGGUGCUGAGCUGUCAGCCUUGGCCACCGACCUGGGAGCCCGACGGAGGCAGAGGACCCCCUGGCUGGGCCCGGGCCGUAUCGCCAUCCUCCCAGGGGCAGAGGCCGGGCUCCCUCGGCCCCCGCGAGCCCGGGAAGAGGCCGCUAGCAUGGGGCAGGAAGAGGAGCUGCUGAGAAUCGCCAAGAAACUGGAUAAAAUGGUGUCCAGAAAGAACACGGAAGGAGCCCUGGAUCUCCUGAAGAAACUGAGUGACUACAAGAUGUCAAUCCAGUUACUGCAGACCACCAGGAUUGGGAUUGCCGUCAAUGGGGUCCGUAAGCACUGCCUGGAUAAGGAGGUGGUGGCGUUGGCCAAAAUCCUCAUCAAGAACUGGAAACGGCUCCUGGAUACUUCUGAGACCCCCAAAAAGGAAAAAGCGAUGGAAAGAGAAAAAGAGAAAAAGAAAGAGCAAAAUGUCGACCUUUCGGACUGGAAACCCCUGGAGGCUUUUUCUCCACCGAGCAGGAGCCCGAGGGAAGAGCCCAAGGACAGGCGAGAUUCUUCAGAGUCGGGGUCUUCUUCCUCUGCGGUCUCCUCGCCAUCUCUGCAGAAGCGGCCGGUGGAAAGGUCUAAUAGCAGCAAAGGGAAAGUGGAGACCCCGAAGACACCCACGAGCCCCUCUUCCCCUACAUUUUCUCCAUCGGCCUGCUGCUUGGCCCCUUGCUACCUCACAGGAGACUCUGUCCGGGACAAGUGUGUUGAGAUGCUCUCAGCAGCCCUGAAGAUGGAUGAUGAUUACAAAGAAUAUGGAGUCAACUGUGAUAAGAUGGCAUCAGAAAUUGAAGAUCAUAUCCUUUCGGAGCUGAAGGGCACAGACAUGAAAUACCGGAACAGGGUACGCAGCCGGAUCAGUAACCUCAAGGACCCCAGGAACCCCAACUUGAGAAGGAACGUGCUGUGUGGGGCCAUCUCCACCAGCCUCAUUGCCAGGAUGACGGCGGAGGAAAUGGCUAGUGAUGAGCUGAAAGAACUGAGGAACGCCAUGACCCUGGAGGCCAUCCGAGAGCACCAGAUGGCCAAGACAGGGGGCACCACGACUGACCUCUUCCAGUGCAAUAAGUGUAAAAAGAAGAAUUGUACCUAUAACCAGGUGCAGACAAGAAGUGCUGAUGAGCCCAUGACCACUUUUGUCUUAUGCAAUGAGUGUGGCAACCGCUGGAAGUUCUGCUGAGUGGUUGCUGGCCCAGCCUGUGGUAGAUGCAUCAAAGGAAGCAUAAGGAAGAAACCACUUGGAUGACCUGCUUAGAGUAAAGAGAGAAACACAAAAAUUAGAAGGGGGUUUGGGGUGGUAUAAAGUGAAUAGAAGAAUCUCCUCAGAAUACAAAGCCAGUUUUGACCUCCAGCCUCAAAGGAUUCCUUCUUGGGUUAAAAAGGGUAUUUUUAUUGGGAAAGUCCAAACUCAAGACCUAAUCCUUCAGGAAAGUAGCAAUCUGGACUUAAUUAAUAGUUCACAUGUAUUCCCAAACUACAAGGGUCCUUAGAGGGUCCAGAGAAAUUAGAUAAUAGACUGUCAGAAAUGAGAGGCAUUUUAGGACACAAUAUAUCAAACCUGGGAGCAAUCUCAGGAUGUAGAAUAUUAGAGCUAGAAGGGGUUUGGGAGACUAUCUGGCCUAUCCAUCCUCAUUCGACAGAUAGGAAAACUGAGGCCAGAGAAGAGAAAUCACUUGCCCUAGAUGGCAGAGAAAGUGACUAUGAGAAACUAAACUAGACCCUGGUGUUCCUGACAUCCACCCCAGGGCUCUUCUCCAGGCUUCUGGAAAGACCAGGACAUUUGAAUCCUUCCUCAGCACUGAGUUCUUCUCAAGUUCUUCUCCAUGAAAGAUACCAGGCUGACAAAAAUGGCAUCCUUGUUUCUCUCCCAUCGCUUCCUUCACCUGGCAUCCUACCAGUGAAUCAUUUGGUCUCAUGAUAGAGUCAACAUAAUUCAGUGAAAAGAACAGAAGCUGGAUGUGGGGUUCAAAUUCCACCUCUGGUGCUGGAUGACGUUGGAGCAAGUUCCUUAAUCUCCAUGUGCCUCAUCACCAUUUUAACUGUCAAAUGGAAGGGUUGGAUGGGUUGAUCUCUGAUAUUCCUCCUUGACCCAGGUCUGCGAUCCCAUAAAGUUAUCUUGGUAGAUCACUUUAGCAUUAUGAAGUUCUCUCCUUUGUGUUUUCCUAUAUGACCUUCACAGCCAUCCUGUGAAUUUUAUGACCGUUUUUCAGAGGAGAAAACUGAGAUUUAGAGAAAUGAAUGGGCUCGCAGGACCUAGUGGCAAAGUUAGGGUGUAAUGCCUACAUCCCCCCGACUCUCUCAUUCCAUUGGGUCAUACUUUCCUGGUCUAGGCUGAUGUGACAGCUGGGUCUCCUUCCUAAAUUACAAAGGGUCUUCCCUUUCCUUGCCUUCGUGUCUUCCUAAAUUCCUCGUUCCCAUUUGGUUUGGGGAGAGGACCUUUUGUAGACCCACAGAUCAAUUAUUUGAAUCUGGAAACCAUCCCUGUUGGUUUCCUAAGCUCAGUCUUUUUCUCCCUAGAGAAGCAUGUUCUUCGGUUAAAAAUGUACCUUUGGCCACCAGGCCACAGGCUAAGAUGGGAGCUAGCUAGCUCCCCGCAAGCAUCGGUGCCAGGGCACACGAAGGUUUGAAUUCCACUAGGGUGUCCGUGCAAGUUCUCCAAAGAUGCCCUUCUACGCUUUCCUCCCUGACUGCAUUUCCUAAUUGGCGAAAUGAUUUAGGCAGAAAUGAGGCUUUAAAAAAAUCCCAAGGCAGGGGCAGCUAGGUGGCUCAAUGGAUAGAAAGACAGUCUUAGAAACAAAAUUUCCUGGGUUCAAAUCUGCUCUUAGACACUUCCUAGCUGGGUGACCCUGGGCAAAUCACUUAAACUUAAUUGCCUAUCCCUGAUCUCUCUUCUGCCUUGGAACCAAUCCACAGUAUUGAUUCUAAGAAGCUAAAAAAGGUGUUCUCUUGGCAUCCAUGUCAAGAGAGGAGCCGGGCCCAGAAAGAAGACUUCUGGGGACCCUAGCUUUCUUUCGCCUACCCUUCCUCUGCUCAUCAUCUGGGAGAACUUCCCUGGGGUCUCCUCAGAAGAUUCCCCUUCCCUACACAACUGAAUAGCAGAAGCAUUGGCAAGCCCUUCAGGUGGAUGAGUUUGAUGAUCAGAGAAGGUAACUUGGCCAAGGCCAAACAGCUAUUGAGUUAUGAAUGAGAUCAGAGUGACUGCUGCCAUCUUUUUUUCCCCUCCUGAAAUCCACUGGGUAUCACCCUCCCUUGAAAUGGAAAUCCCACCCAGGCAGCUUCUCCUAUUGGCUAACUCUGUAAAUAAACUCUGUACAGAAA